AUGGCUACCCCGCAACACGGCAUCUCCCUACAGGUCACGGUCCACAUUGACCCCUCCAACGUGGACAAGUUCCUUGAAGCCUUUAAGCCCGUUUACGAGAAAGUUAUCGCUGAGCCGCAGUGUACGUUUUUCGAAGUAUAUCAGGACCCUGAGAGUCUGGGGACGUUGUCGUGGGUUGAGAAUUGGACCGAGUCGAAAGAGUGGCUAGUGCAGAACCAACUCACGAAAGACUACUAUCACGAAUACUUCGCCAUCACGGAGCCGAUGUUCGUCAAGCCGAGAGAGUUCAAGGUGUUGCACCGUGUUGGAGAGCCGUUGACCAUGACGAAGAAGUCGAAUGGGGGAUUGCUCGAUUAA